AUGCCAGAGUUGCGCUGCUUAGUAUCUCCGUGGAUGCCAAAUGGCACAUUGAGUGUAUACCUAGCAUCUAACCACAGCAUUCUGACAGUCCUGGAUCGUUCACGUGUGCUGGAGGAUGUCAGCGCUGGACUUCGUUACCUGCACUCGGUCCCUGUCAUGCACGGAGAUAUAACAGGGGCAAAUAUACUGAUCGGCAAGAGAGGUCAUGCGAGGCUAAUUGAUUUUGGUCUUUCCACCAUUACCAAGCCCCUUCGCGACCACUCGCACUUGGCUGUGACAUCUAUAUGUCCGGGUGCAAUGCGCUAUGCUGCACCAGAACUCGUUUUGUCGGACGAUACGGAUAACCUGGACUCGGUGGAAAGAGCUGAUAUCUACUCUUUUGGUUGUGUAAUGCUUCAAAUUCUCUCGGGUCGGCCCCCUUGGUCUGAGAUCAAAUCCGAGAUGCUGGAAGCUCGCAUUAGUAUCAUGCUUCACGAAGGUCGUGGACCGCGACGUCCAGAUGGUUAUCCUGCAAUAACAGACUCUGAUUGGAACUUCAUCCAAAAAUGUUUGCAAUUCGAACCCGAACUUCGACCUUCAGCAGAUAAAGUACUUGACUUUGUCAUGCAUAGGUUUCACUCUCCAGGUAAUCCUGCAUAG